UCUUCAUAUUUCAUAGACGAAAUUCAGCUGGGGAUUUCGCAGAUGAGAAAGCCAAAUAACUGAUUUUUGGUGCUCCUGAUUUCUACAUUCUGGCCUCGAGAGACAACCUUUGUUGCAUCGUACUUUGAACGUUUUAUGACAUGGCAGCCUUGAAUCACUUCGGGGCACUUGAUGCCCCGUCUGUCACACAUGCAGACAGGCGAGGUGGGAGAGUUUUGACCUACAGAGGCUAUAGAUACACCCGUAGCAACAGUUCACACACUCGGAUCUAUUGGCGAUGUGCAAGAGUCAACUGUGGUGAAACAAUCAUAACAAACCGCUUCAACAUUAAUCAUACAAAUCCGGAGAUUCAUAUUCAACAGCGGCCGCUUGGGGAUCACACGCAUGAACCUGAUGAUGAGCGAAUCCGUCGAAGACAAUUUAUUGACGAAGCAACUGCAUUGCUCAGAACUAAUCCAACUCUUGUCAUAAGGAGGGCAUACGACACUGUUCGAGAUACAGGAAACCACUAUCCGCCAGAUAUACCCACAUUUAAGGAAAUCAGAAGCCAGCUGCAACGAGUCCGUUCGGAAAUUGUUAACAUUGAUAGAAUCAUAAUGCCUCGCAAGAAGCUCAAGACAGGUGGACCAUCAGGAGAUAAUCCUGCAACGUCUGUGACAACACCACCACCACCACCACCACCAGCAGCAUCAGGCUUGCCAACAACUCCACCACCCACACCUCUCCCAAGCUCUGCAACAACUCAGUCAAAUAGAGACGAAAGCGUUGCAGAAAAGUUCAUCUCGCUAAUGGAGGACAUGGUGAGAGAACUGGACAAGCUCAAGUUUGGCGACCCUGUGAGUUACAUCUACAAUCCUCUGGAAUAUGCCAAGGAGACUCAUGACUGUUUCGUCAGAAAGUAUGGCAACUCAACCAAGUCUGUGCUCUUUCUUGGAAUGAAUCCUGGUCCAUUCGGGAUGGCACAGAAUGGGGUACCAUUUGGAGAAACCAACUAUGUGAAAGACUGGAUGAAGAUUACAGGGAAUGUUGGCAGACCCCCAAAGGAACAUCCCAAGCGUAUCAUCAUUGGACUUGACUGUAACCGUAGUGAGGUCAGUGGACAGCGUUUCUGGAAAUUAUGGAAGGAUCUGUGUGGCACUCCAGAGAACUUCUUCAAGGAAUGUUUUGUGUACAACCAUUGCCCUCUAGUGUUCAUGACGUCAACGAGCAAGAACGUCACUCCUCCGUCCAUGAAGAUCGAGAUGCGCAAUCCUCUGAAUGAUGUCUGUGAUGACUAUCUAUGUUGGUUGAUCCAACUGCUGGGGGUGAAGGUGGUGGUAGGGAUAGGCAAGUUUGCCGAGGCUAGGACCAAGAAGGCCCUCGAGAAGGGAGGGGUGGAAGGGGUGCGGGUGGUUACCAUCAUGCACCCAAGUCCUAUUAAUCCUGCUGCUAACAAGGGAUGGCAAAAUAUUGUUGAAAAGAGCUUAGAAGAUCUUGAUCUUAUGAAGUAUAUCAGUAAAUAGUUAGUCACUUUUGGAACAGGAAGCCUGACCAUACUAACCCAGUUUUGGAUAUUGUGAGAACUGAAAAAAUGCCAUCAUGCAUAUUUAUCUUUGGUGGAUAUGUAUUUGAACAAAGAGUAAAAAUGUUUUGACUUAAAUCAGUCCAACUUCAAUAUUGGGUUGGAAAGAAUGACUUCAACAAAAUGACCCCAUGAGCCUUUAUUUUUUAUUUAGAAGUGCCAAACGAAGAGAGACAUUCCUGAAUGACUAACUCCUGUCGCAAUUCAUUGAAAGUAUAAUAAUUUGAUGAGGAUGCAGAUAAUGUGUCAUUGUCAUGUUCACAAAUUCAACAUUUUCUUGAGAAUCCUAAAAUGAUUGUGGUGUAAUCCUACAUGGGCUGUUGUGAAUCUUUUUUUUUUAAAUUGUAUGAUUCAUUUAAAAAAAAAAAAUUUCCAGUAAACCAGUUGUAUGUCACUUUAUUUUUUCAUCAGUGAAAAUUUGUUCCUUAGGAUUAUCACGUUGUAUGUGUAAAUUUAUUGUUUUUUAACCAACAGUAUGAUUUCAUUUUGUUUUGGCAGGGAUAUGUAUAAUGUAGAACUUUAAAAUGUAAGUCACAUAUAAUUAUAUGUGUGAGUAGCAAAAGUAGGUGGAAGAGUAGAAGUAGUAGGAGUACUGGCAGUAGCAGUAGAAUAUUGAUGUGAUAAGUUAACUUUGUAUCAAAUGUUCAGCCAAUUCACUUUCUUUUUACUCUCUGUGUUCACAGUUGAUACAGGUAUCACAACAUCUUUGAAUUGAAGUGAAAAGCAAGUGGUAUCAAAUAAUCGGACUAAACUGUCUUACAGUUAUAUAUAUUUUUGAGCCAUGUCGUAAAAAUCUUUGUAGGCGAAUUUCAUACUUUGAUUAUGUUUGUAAGUUAGAUAAACAAUAGGCAUACCUGAGAAUCUCACAGACAUUGCAGAAAGACAUUGAUCAAAUACACAACAUUUAUCUUUAAAAAGUAGAGUGGAAAACAACUGCCAUGCUUGCCUUGCAGCUGGCCAUCAAUCUAUUACAGCACCACAAUGUUAAAUUGUGGGCAACUAUGGUGGUACAUACAAUGUUCAAGUACAAGUAAAACAGAAAAAAGGAGACUUUGAAUUUAUUUUUGAAUAGUUAUUCAUUUAUUAACUUAAAAAAAAUUAAUUCUAGUCCAUAAUUAAAUAAACAUCUUAUUUACACUUGAAGAUGCCUCACAAAGAGGCAUUUUUUUCUCCACAUGAAGAAUGAAUUAUAUAAAAAUAUUGACUGCUUUGACGGGCACGGUUAAAACUAAUUGCCUAAGGUGAUCUUGAAACUAUUGUGCAUAGUGCAGUCUCUAGAUAACUGUGGAGCUGUAGUUUUAACUGUGACCCCCAAAAUAGGCAGUCAAUAUUUAUAUUGUAUCCCACAUUAUUUAUUUGUAAAAAUAGGCAGUCAAUAUUUAUUUUGUAUCCCACAUUAUUUAUUUGUAGUGUCAAAGGAAAUUUACCAGACUAGGAGCAUUAUGCGUUUCUUACUGCGCAUAUCCAUUGUUUACUUAACAUGCACACGCAAGUAGAACAAUGCCCGGUCAAUAUUUUUCGCUAUACUGCCCAGCACUCAGUAGCGAAUAUCAUGCCUGCAGUUUUGACCAACCAGAGACCUAGAAUUUUCAUAUGCAGUAUAAGUAAUACCCCAUAUUCUUAAUCUGUUCAUGAUUAUAUCAUGUUGGUGAUUUGGUUACACAAAGGUUAAAAAAAUUAGUUUGUGAGGUAACAGAACUUGAUCAUGGUUUGACAUUGUAUAUGGGGAUUUCAAAUUGCGGAUCACCAUGAAAUAAAACAGUUGGUUUUUACAAUAUAUGGUUUUUCUUGGUAGGUUGACUUACAGAACAGAAAUGAUAGAAUGCCAUUUCUUCAAUUCAAAUUUAUACUGCAUAGAUAAGUUGAUGCUUAAUAUUUCAAAUCAGUGUUACACUGAAUGCCAUCAUGUAAAUUGUUGUCAUAAUUGGUGCUAAAUUUAUGAGUAAGUGGAACCAUAUUAAUUUAAGAAAUUUAUCGAUCUGAAUUUCAUUGAUAGAUGAAAACAAAAUUGAUUUAGACAGAAGUCCACAUCAAUGGUUCGAUGAUUUCACAUUGUUUAGGGUCAAUGUGAAUUAUAUGCCAUUGCUGAUUGAUUAUUGGCAUGUAGUUGCAUAUAUUGGAAUGUAUGUAUUUUGUAAAUUUGUAUGGUUGUUACUGUUCUGCAAAUAAAUAUGCUAAUCUAUAUAUUCUAA